UGUCAUUGAUCACCUGACAGACACUUCAUGUGAUUCUUUGGUACACUAUUCAUGUCUGUGAAUGUGUACGUAGGUCGCUAUUUAUUAAUGCCAGAUAAAACACUAUGAUGAAAACUUUAGGCUGAUAUUUUCUCAAGAAAGUUGUGUAAUGGUAAAUGAUCUCGCAGUGUCAUGAAACAUGAGAGGUGAACACGAAGGGCAGUAACAGAUCGCAUUACAUUAUCCUGUCUCACGGUCACCGUCCCUCCACACCUACCCACAUUGAUGUAGGAUUUAAUUGGACAGCUUCCCAGAAUCUAACCAAAUAACUUGCCUGCAACCACCACCAUUGUGGCAUUAGAGGGUGGGGCCCAACACCUAGCAAGGCCACAAAAUCGCCAACAGGAACAAGAAUAGGAUGUGAAACUUGAACUUGCUGGCAUUUUGAGUUUGCAUUGUAUUUGAAUGAAUUAUUGAGGGCCUCAGCAAUUGUGGAACUACUAGAUCUCGAGAUGUCAUCCAGUUUGGUGAUCCUCCAGGCUAGUGAUCUCCAGCAACUAAAUUUUUUGCAUCAAGAAAGCACAAGACUGAAGAUAGUGUGCUUUGAUCUGAGUCCAUCAUUUAUCCUGCUUGGAGCCAAUAGUGGCUCUAUAUAUGUAUUGGAUCAUGAGACACUCCAUCUCAAGAUGCAGAUCCCAGCAGGGAAUGGGUGUGUGGUACAGCUCAGCAUUUCACCUGAUGAACAACAAGUGGCCUGUGCUCUUAGUUGUGGAACUAUCAUGGUGUUUGAACUGCAGCAAGCCACUGCACAGCUGUUGACAUCUUCCUUGGAGCACCGUGGGCAAGAGGUCACCACAUUAGUGUGGGCAUUUUGCCUCCCAGAACUCUAUAUUGGUGAUGCCAGUGGCAGAGUCACUAUGCUCUAUACAUCCAAAAGCAAGACUGCCUCUCUGUUCAGAAGCUCUUCACUUCAUCUCAUGACCCUGGAGUCAAGCAUUAUUCAGUUGGAUUACCAAGAUGGCUACUUGCUGGUGUCUACACUUACUCAUUCUUAUGUUUGCAACACCAACUCAGAGACCUUCAGUCAGGUGGGUACCAAACUCAGACAAGGGCAGUAUGGAAGCUGUUUUUGCCAAGUGAACCACAGUGGGAUAUCUUCUCCAUGCACAGAGACCUGGGAAGGAGUAGAAGAUCUAAAGGCUUCUUUGACAUCUUCCUCAGAGAAGUUUGGUCUUUCAGAUUGUUAUGAAGCUAAGGAAGAAGAACAGGUAUAUCACAGCUAUGACUUGAGAAAAGACAGACCAACUAAGACAGCAUCACCAAUGCUCAUGUCCCAUGUAUUUUGUGCUCGUCCUGGUACAAGAAUAUGGGAAGCUGAUUACUCUGGAAAGGUACUUGUUACCCAUCAGUUAAAGAGUGCCCUUAUUGUACCACCUGCAGAGGUGCUCCUCACAGAUGGCUCAUUUGGAGAAAAAGAACUUCUAGAGGAGAUAAGUUUCUUGGCAGAGACUUUGUAUCCCACAGAUAAAACUAGAAAAGAAAUAUUUGAUCAGGAACCAGCUAUGAAAAGUUCUGUUAAGGCCUUGCAUCCUCCUGUUAGUGUAGCCUUCACUAAGAUGAUGAGCUUCUACAAUAAAUACCUUCUUGCAAUAUCUGCCUAUGGCUUAUACAUCAUUGAUCCAGCAACCUCCAAGAUACUUAUAUGGGUCAGUGUCUCUGAAGGUAUCAAGGAUGUCAAAGUGUCAGGAAAUUCUCUCAUCUAUAAAUCAGGCAAUGACUGCAUCCAAAAUUUCAUGGUAACAACUGUGGACAUUGCAAUUUUGGUUCUACACUCAAGAAAACUUUUUCUGGAAUGUAUUUAUUUGUCUUUGAAAUAUGAAGAUAUAUUUAUAAAGUCUGAAUUGCUCUCUCGCUUAGGAACAAAAAUAUUGACAGAUCUCUGUAAUAAUACUACAUCUGGUAUAAUUAAAGAAAGAAUUAAGGGCUUAAGACUUAUCAUUGGUGAAAAUAAAGAGAGGAACCACACCAUGACUUUGACAAAAGUUUCAGGUGUUACAUACAUAAAAAAUAAGAGCUUUGAAGCUGAAGAAAUAAAAGCUAAUUUAAAUGUUGCAUUGAAAAAAAAUAGUUCACUUUUAUCCAAUAUGACAGUUACAAGAUGGAAUAGUGAACCCCAUCUUGGCAGAAGUAAAAAAGAAUGGGAACAAUUGCCGUCUGCUCAAGGCACUGUGUCUGUGGAAUGUAGAUCUAAACAACAAGAAAAAAACAUGCUGAAUAAUGAAUCAUCAAUGCAUCUUCAUGAAGUAGCAGACAAUUCCACCAGUGCAGAUACCUUGCCUAUACUUAAUCUUUCUUCAACAGUGCAAAAGUUCUCAUCAAGCUCAAGACCUGAUCUGGAGAAUAUCACUACUCCCACUGCAGACUCCUAUUCUCCACAGUCUGAUGCUUUAUCUCCUCAAAAGAGCCUUGACAGUUCAAUAGAGAUGAUUGAAGAUCCCCUGUUCACUCCUGAUGACAGUUCUUCUGAUUGUGAAGUUGUACCUCAGAUAUCUGCAGAAAGGCAUCAUCCAACAGUGCUUAAUUAUGCCGCUCACAAUUUCUACAAUCUAGCUUAUGCCCCUAUCCAUCCUGGUUCUGAAGCUGCUACUCUUCUGCAAGAUUUGAUGGAAAAUGUCACCACUAAUGUAGUGGACACCUUUACGUUUGGAACCCGAACUCUCACAGAACGACUGAAGAGUGUGGUACCACUUGUAUCCCCACAGAAAGGCGCUGAGGAAGUAGCAUUAGAGUCUGAAAAGACACAGAAUCAUACUAGUUCUUGUCCAAAUGAUUAUCCCAUUCUCACUCCCUUGAAGGACACUGAUGUCAAUGAUGACCUCCCAGGUGCCAUUGUCAUUCACACAAAGUCCAGAAAGAAACCACCUCAAAAGCAGUUAUCAGUUGUAUCUACUAGUGGUGGCUCUGAAGUAGACUUGGAAGAGACAGUGCCUCGACCAGAACUUCCAGGGGUAGUGAAAAAUUUGCAUGAACUUGUUUGCACCACAAUGCAACAGAUGAUCAGUACCACAAACCCAGUGGAAGCACGCAAUUUACUUGCUCAUUGGUUUGAAGUGUUCUGCAACACUGUACAGGAGAUGCAGCAUGAUAGUACAUAUUCAUCACAAACAGUAAGUGAAGACCAAACUGGAGAGGGAUCAGUCUCCGUCUCCUCCAUUGAAUCAUCACACUCAGUGGGCAGUGCAGAUACUUCCAGUGACUCCCUCCACUGGGACUCCAGUGACAUUGGCUUUGAGACAUCAUCUUUGAGUGUUGAUAUCCUGGAGAAGAUUUCAGGCCUGUUCCUUGAGAGCCUGCAAGCUGGGGUAACUGUCAACAACUUUCAAUUUUCUUUGGUGACUGCCCAGAAAGCAGAUUUCCCACAUCACCCCAUGACUCCUUCAGAAGUGAGAAGACGUGAUGCAUUGUAUGCUCAGGUGAUAGCUAGUGACUGUGGGCUGCUGCAGUACUCACAUCUCCUAAAUGCACUUGAGUCCUUAGGUCAUCAUUAUUAUCUCCUAACUUGGGCUGCCUUAAUGGAAAGGAUUACCAGAAAGAGCAACAUACUGAGCCAGCCACUACCAGACAUCAUCCCUGAUCUAGAAUUCACCCGAGCACAGUGGGUGUCCAUCUUGCACAAUGUAGCUUCCAGUAGCACCAAGAAUCUUAUCACCACAGCAGCUCAGUUUGAGAGUCCUAUUGUAAUUCAAGAUGUGAUUUUCCUGCUCCAGUACAUAACCACUCAUCCAGUAGAGAUGAACUGUGCCAUCACGAAAACCCAAAUUCCGAAACUGUUAUUGCAAUAUUUGAUUGAAUUCUCUCACCACACGAGUCCAACAAAGGCAUAUCUAGACUCAUGGUGUCAAUAUUCAGAACUGCAAGGUGAUAUUCUCUCUGCCUUGUUGAGUGUGACCAGUGUAGGUCCUUCACAUUUCUCUUGCAAGUGUGGAAUGCCAAUGCCUCGUAAAAGAUAUGUGGCCUUGGAAGCACUCGAAGAAACAGUGUUACUUCAUGAUAUUUUAGAUCCAAAAGGUUUGGCAGAAAUGUGCCAAAGUCUUGGCUACUGGAAGGGAUACUGUAUAAUAACCCUUGCUUAUUGUCUGCAGCCUCAUAUUCAGCUCUUCCCAUACAUUUUGCAGACCUGUGAUUCAGAUCUUCUGAAUAAUUUUUUGGAAGUGCUACAUUAUGAUGAUUUUGAAAUGGCCUUCAGAACUAUAGCAAGAAUUACCACUAAAGAAACUUCCAUUAUGCUAUGCUUUCGCUGUCAAAGUAAAAUUCCCUUCCCUGACAAGAAGAGUAUUAUUGAAGAGAAUAGGACAGCAUUUGAUUAUACUGUGACAGUGAAUAGCAACUCCAAUGUAACAGAAAAUAAUCUUAAUGAAUCUUCCCUAAAUGAGAUAAGCAGCAAAAGCCUGACCAAUGACCAGAUGCCAGUUCAGGACAGCAUCAAAAGCAUAAGUCAUCUAUGGGAGGUGGUGGUCGCAAAAGUACUACGCAGAACAAGUGCAGCUAACACGCUCCGACUACUGACCAAUGUGCAGGACACAAUUCCUCCUGGAGUUAUUUCCAAAAGGGUAUUCAACUGGUGCAUCCUGGCCUCCUUGGCAGAGCAGCGUGGUUCUGCAGCUUCCUGGGCUUUAUUGGAUUCCCUCUGUGGUGACAAGACCAAGCUCUACUCCAACAAGGUGUUUCAAGCUAUUCAUCGCCGUCCUUUACUGAAGUGCCAUGGAAAGCAGACCAGUGAUAUACCAUCCAAGUGCCUAUGCUGGAGUAAGCACUGUCCUGAUACAAAACAGAAUGGUAUUUCCCAACCUCCAACUAACAGCAUUCCUAAGGAUCCAAGAAAUCCUGUACCACAAGGCCAUCACUGGGGGGUGUGGACUGAGGUGCUGGAAGGUGUGUGUUCAUGCUGCCAUCUACGGUUGUCCACUGAGGCUUUAGUGAGUGAGGGUGGCAUCACAGUGUUUUCCUGCAGCCAUGCCUUUCAUACUAUAUGUCUUUCUCACCGCGGAUAUCAGUGUGUUUGUUGUGCUCAACAUCAACCGUCCAAAGCAGCUUACUGAUGCAUUACUUGAGUGUGCCUUGUCAUCUAGUAUAGUACAGACUCACAAUCUCUUAUUGAAAAAUCUGAGUAUCAGACACUUUUCAGAUUUCAGAUUUUUUUGGAUUUGAAAUGGAAGGUUUUAUGCAUAGGUUUUAACAUUUUAUAGAUAAAACAUUACAAGGGACCAAAUGGAUCAGUGGCAAAAUAUUUUGCUCAUGGCCAUAAUGCUGCAAGUUUGUGCCUCAAUCCCAGCAGUUGCUUGGUGAGAGAAGAAAUGUUUUUUUUUUGUCACCUUAGCUGUGUUACAUUGCCUUAGAUGCCCUAGCUCAGGGAUUCUUGAAGCCAUCAAAUAAAUAAUUGAAAAAGAUAAAGUAUUAAGUAAAACUUUAAAUAUAAACUGGCUCUAAUUGAGCUAAACACAUGAAAAUAUUCCUUUAUUCUCAGUACCAAUUGCCAUGACCAUUUAAUUUUAUUGACCACAAUAUAAUGGGUCCUGGCAAUCUUAACAAUAAGGAAGACAGUGCUAUGAUGGCAUUUGUUCAAGAAAGCCUCAGUAAUUGUGAGACUGGAAGAAAUAUAUGAAGAUCAGAAGCAUCUGCCACAUAAGAGAAGGCUGCACUAGUAUUUAGAACAGCUGUCACUCCUGAGAGAAAGAAGACAGAUACAAGAAUGGUUAGGUGAUGGGAUCUAUGGCUAGUGAGAAUUAAAUCACUGCUUCUUUUCUUGGUUCCUUGUAAACUGCUAGGUGACAAAGUGACAGCUCUUACUAGUACUAUUGAAGCCUUCACCGUCCUUGUGAUCAUUGCUUUUGAUCUUCCCAUCUUCCUAUCAGUAUUACAGGUUGGAUUUCCCAAAUCUGGAAUUCCAUAAUCCGGAAAUUUUAUAAUCCAGCAUGAUUUUAAUUUGCGGAAAUAAUUUAAACUUCCCAGAAAAAUGCAAGUUUGCUGUAACAGCAGUGCAUGUGUUUUUCUGUUUCCUUCUGCAUGCUUAUUUACUUGUACAGCUAACAUACAUUAAAUUAAAAUUAUAUUACAAGUAUAAUACAGGCUGACUAACAUUAUGCAGGUUGUUUUAGGAUACUUAUUUAAGGACCACCUGUAGUCCAGAAUUUUCUGUAAUACAGUAAGCCUUGGGUCUAACGGUUGCCGGAUUUGGAAGGUUCAGCCUCUACAAUUAUUGAGUCCCUCUCAAACAAAUGCCAUCACAACACUGCUCUUCAUUGUCCUUGCUCUGGAAGCUUAAAAAAUGUGUAUUGUGUAAAUACAGUGUAAGAGUGGUAGCCUAUCUAAUUUCUAAUGUAAUAAUGUAUUUCUCUCUCUCUCUCUCUCUCUCUCUCUCUCUCUCUCUCUCUCUCUCUCUCUCUCUCUCUCUCUCUCUCUCUCUCUCUCUCUCUCUCUCUCUCUCUCUCUCUCUCUCUCUCUCUCUCUCUCUCUCUCUCUCUCUCUCUCUCUCUCUCUCUCUCUCUCUCUCUCUCUCUCUCUCUCUCUCUCUCUCUCUCCAUUCCUUUCUCUUGUCCUUUGUGAGGACUGCAAGGUCUGUUGUGGCCUGUUUCUCUCUGUAACCCUAUAUAACUGAUGAAAGAGAGAGAGAGAGAGAGAGAGAGAGAGAGAGAGAGAGAGAGAGAGAGAGAGAGAGAGAAAUAUGUAGAGAGGAGGAUAAGAGGGCAGGGAAUGUACUAGGGAUGUUAGAAAUAUAACCAUGCCCUUAUAAUCUCCCUUCCCUGUUUGAAAGAUAUGGGAUUAAGGGAAGGAUGGAGGGAUAAGGAGGACAAGGGAGGGACCAUAAGAAAGAAAAUGUGAUACAGGUUUUGACAAUGAGACUUUUUUUUUGGGGGUAGAGGGUGGAGAGUAGGAUAGGUUAUGUACAUGAUAGGUGGGGACAGGGAUAAUGGGGAGUAGCAACAGAAUCUCUAGGACAAUAUACAAAGGUUUUAGCCUAAGCAGACAAUAUGGGAUCCCUCAACAACAAUUAGAAUAUAAUGUAAAUAUGAUGCCUACAGAGGCAUCAUCAUAUUCAAAGGGUUAAGCAGACAAAGCAAGUUAGUUUUUUUUAUUUUUUUAUUUUUUAUGAAUCAGACUACACCAAAGUUUUAUAAGCUAUAAAGUCCUUCAGAUGAAUUGUAAGUAUAAGUUUUGUUAAAUUUAGAGGAACAGUUUUUCCUUUCCUUUAGAAAAAUAUGUAAAAUUGAAGGUUAGAGUUUUGCAUAUUUUGACAACAGUUUUCCUUUGAUUUUCUUGAGAGCUUGUCAUAAAACACUUUGAUGGUUUUCUACAAAAUACUAUAACAAUUCAUAAUUUUACUUUUGAUGUUGAAAAAAAUCCAAAACUUCUCUUCAUCCAGAUUUUUCUCUUAUUUAGGUUAGAAAACGAAUACUCUUAAUCAAAAUUCAGACUCAUAUUUUUUUGGGUAUUUUAAUUCCCUUUCUAAUGAUACUACAGUCAUCAAAAUCAGACAAUAAAUGGUAGAGAAAUACACCUCAAUAAUGCAAUAAGUUAGUCUUGAGGUAUGAAGCUUUCAAGUUUAAAGGGAUACUCGCAUAUAUUUCAUCCACAUAUUGCUAAAUAAUAUUGAAAAUUUUAGGUGCCAAGUAUUACUGUUGGCACACCCUGAAAUAAGAACUUGUGUUUAUUACUUUGGUGCUUUAGUAAUACUUAGAAUAAUACCGUAAUUCCUCAUAGGCUGUGCGUUAUGUCAUGCUUGACUUACGGAGUGCAUAUAUCAAAGCCAGAACACGGUAGACGCUUCCAGAGUUCAGACGUGUGGCCACUUGUCAGCAGCUGUUUGAUGGAGUUAGUGUUUGUUUUGGUGUGCUUCCACAUGAUAGGUUUCUGGGGUUGCUCUAUCUGCACUGUGGCCACUUAAGGGGUCAUAAAGGACAUAGUAGCCUUGUGUAUAUUUUUCCUCUCAACAAGAUAUGCACAGAGCUUAAUAGUGUAGUGUGCAAAGACAGUUAGUGUGGUGUCACCCACAGGCAAUUGUUUGGUUGCCGGCCUCUCAUUUACUCUGCUAAAUCCCUCUCCAGAGUGGUAUGCAUUAUUGGAAUUUACUUUUAUUUUCCUUUUGGAUUUAUAUAUCCUGCCCCGUUUUGUACUAUGUCUUUUACAACAUAGCCGUCAAUCAACCAUUCGGUUGUCAUGCCAGUUAUCAUCUCUUUCCCAGAGGUUGAUAUUUGCUGGUCAUCAGCUGUUUUUCAUGAUAGCGAACAAGCAACUUAAACACUCCUCUACAGGUCCGGCUAUGGCAGGCCCAGCCACCUAGCAAGGUUGUGUUUUUCACUUGGUAGCGGAGAUGAUCUUCCUCCAUAUGAUUCUGUCUCUUCUCGGCCUCUGGAGUAGGAGAAUAGUUCUGUACUUCAGUAGUGAACGGUAUUUUACCAGUCUUAGUUACAGUUUGGUUAAGGAGAAGGUGAGCAGGUACUCAGUGUUUUUGAGGGAUAGUGACACCAGUGGUGAUGGAGAGGCCAAUGUGAAUAAUGUAAUCCACCUUUUCUAUCACAGGGGUGGUCACAGAGACUUGAUAAGUAUUUAUAAAAUGAUGAAUAACCUGGAUAAAGUGGAUGGUGACUUUUUAAACCUGGAAACAAGGACUACAAGGGGACAUGGGAAGAAAUUGAAGAAGGUGCAGUGUAUAAGAGACAUUAAGAAGUACAGUUUUCCUCAUAGAGCUGUGGACACCUGGAAUAGAUUAGACAUAGACAUCGUAAAUGCAGUCAGUGUUCACAGUUUCAAAACUAAGCCAGACGAAACAAGGUAUAAAGACAGGUCAAUAUGACCUUACUCCCCUCCCGUAAAUUACAACUAGGUAAAUACAACUAGGUAAAUACAUGAUGCGUCUGGUGGGGCUGUGUACCCAACUAUGCGUAUGCUCGCCUCAGGCUUCACAUGUUCCUUAUUUUGAUCUUGCUGCAGCAGGUGGCUUGUGAUCACUCCAGAGCCAUUGAUUUCCAAGUUAAUGUGGGAUCAUCUACUAGUUGAACAGGGGUUUUACUAUGCUUUCAUGUCCUUGCAGACUAACACGUAUGUUUGUUGGGUGUAUCUGUGAACAGCUUUUGAUGUUAAUAAUACUAAUGGUCCCGUGUUACAGAGGCUUUGGCCAAGGAUACCAAGGGUUAUUUACACAUGGUUCCUGAUGAUAGAUGAGCCAGACUGAUGAAUUAAGGGUUCCAGCUUCUCUCUCAGCCCACAGAGUUGCAGGUUGGAGAACAAGUUAGCUCAAACUUCUUUAUUAGGAAAGGCACUCAAUGGACUCCCAUGUCAAUUCAAGCAUCCUGCCAUGAUGUUAGCCUCUAAAAUUCAAUGAUGACCUUUGCAUGUUCUUGCCAAUGUUUUAAUUACUUGACUCUGAUGAGGAAUGAUCUCCUUACUGAUAACCUUAGACCUAAGUCUUUCUAGAAAAGUGUUGAGCAUAAGAACAUGACAGGUGAUAUAUUGUUUGAAACUAACAUUGUUGUCAUGAUUCAACAGUUUAUGCAGAAAUAUAGUAAUCCAGAGAGGUUUAAGGUGAAGCAGAUCCUCAUGUUUUUCAGCAAGAGUUUAGAGGUCCCUGGGAACAACCCUAACCGUGAGGAGGGUUUCUGGGAGAGGGGAGGCACUUGAUGAGACUUCUAUAAUGCAAAGCAAGUUACCU